AUGGGAAACCAAACAGCCAUCACAGAAUUCAUCCUCCUGGGAUUUGGGGAUCUCCCUGAACUUCAGCCCCUUCUCUUCCUGCUGUUUCUAGUGAUCUAUGUUUUGACCAUGGCUGGGAACAUCCUCAUCGUUGUGCUAGUUGUGGCUGAUCAGCACCUUCACAUCCCCAUGUAUUUCUUCCUGGGGAACUUGUCCUGCUUAGAGACCUGCUACACUUCCAACAUCCUGCCCCGUAUGUUGGCCAGUUUCCUGACAGGGGACAGAACCAUUUCAUUCAAUGGGUGUCUCACACAAUAUUAUUUCUUUGGAUGCUUAGCAGCUGCAGAAUGUUAUCUCCUAGCAGCCAUGUCUUAUGAUCGAUACCUAGCGAUAUGCAAACCACUGCAUUAUGGAGCCCUCAUGAAUGGCAGGCUCUGUCUCCAGCUAGCUACAGUGUCUUGGGUAAGUGGCUUUCUGUCUAAUACUAUAUUAACAUUUUUUAUCUCCAACUUAAUCUUCUGUGGUCCCAAUGAAAUUGACCAUUUCUUCUGUGAUUCCUUCCCAAUGAUGAAACUAUCCUGCAGUGAUACUCAUCUUGCUGAAGAACUGAUAUGGGAAAAUCACACUGUGGUGACUGAAUUUAUACUCCAGGGAUUUUCCGAUCUCCAGGAGCUACCGGCCAUCCUGCUGUUUGUUGUAGUGUUAGUUAUGUACAUAGUAACAAUGAUGGGAAACAGCCUCAUUUUUAUGCUCAUAUUGGCUUAUCCUCCUCUCCAAACUCCCAUGUAUUUUUUCCUCAGGAACCUGUCCUUCCUGGAGAUCUGCUACACCUCAGUCACCAUCCCCAAGAUGCUGGUGAAUUUGCUGGUGGAGCUGAGAACCAUCUCCUACUCAGGAUGCAUUGCACAGAUGUGCUUCUUUUCCCUUCUAGGAACUGCUGAGUGCUUGCUCCUGGCAGCCAUGGCGUAUGACCGGUUCACAGCCAUAUGCCAGCCCCUGUGUUAUGUGCUCGCGAUGAACAGGAGGGUGUGUGGGUGUCUGGUGGCUGGCUCGUGGCUGGGUGGAGUCGCUGUGGCACUGAUACAGACUGCUCUGAUAGCCAAGGUUCCAUUCUGUGGGUCUAAUGCCAUUGACCACUUCUUCUGUGACAUUGUGCCCCUGAUACAGCUGGCUUGUGGUAAUACCUCUGUGAAUUGGACUGAGCUCCUCGUGGUGGCCACCUUCGUGGUGAUCGUCCCCUUUGGCAUGAUCCUAGUCUCCUACAUCUGCAUCAUCUCCACCAUCCUGAGGAUGCCCUCAUCUGAGGGCAGGGGCAAGGCCUUCUCCACCUGCUCCUCACGCCUCAUGGGGGUUUUCUUGUUCUGUGGGACAUGCUGCAUGAUGUAUUUAAGCCCCACCUCCAGCAACUCACUUGGAAGUGACAACCUGCUCUCCCUGCUGUAUACAAUGGUUACGCCAAUGCUAAACCCCAUUAUUUACAGCCUGCGAAACAAGGAAGUGAAAGGGGCCCUGAGGAACUUCCUGGACAGAAAAAAAAUUGCACCUCAACUAUGA